UGGUCCCCUGUGAGGACGGUUGAAAGGACCAAAGGGCCAGGCCUAGCCUCUACCACCUCUACACCUGCUUCUGGGCCUCUGAUCUUGUCCUGAGUCCCCUGGGCAUGAUGACCUUGCAGGUGCUGCCUGGGGCCAUAUGCCACCGCCUUGCCUGGAUGUUUGAUCCACAGUGGGAAAAGGCAGCUGCCUCCAGCAGGUCGGGUGUGAAUGGACCAGGCCUGGGAUGGAACCUGUGGGCCUCGGCCCAGCACGGCCAGUGUCCAAGUGCGGGAGCUGAGCUGGCAGGGCCUACACAACCCCUGCCCACAGAGCAAGGACCAGGGCAGCUAUGGGGGCAGUCACUGCGAGCCGCUGGUGGAGUACCUGUCACCUGCCCGGCUGCAGGCCCUGGCCCAGGUAGAUGACCUCCGACUGGUGAGCAUGCUGGAGAUGUGUGUGAAUACCCGUGACAACAGCCUGGGGACCUUUGGGGUGCACCUACCCAACCUACGGCACCUGAAGCUGAAUGGCAGCUGCCUGGGCUCCGUGCGAGACCUGGGCACCUCCCUGGGCCACUUGCAGGUGCUGUGGCUGGCUCGCUGUGGCCUGACUGACCUGGAUGGCAUUGGCUCAUUCCCAGCCCUGAAGGAACUCUACGUCUCCUACAAUGACAUCUCAGAUCUGAGCCCGCUGUGCCUGCUGGAGCAGCUUGAGGUGCUGGACCUGGAGGGCAACAGCGUGGAGGGUCUGGGGCAGCUGCGCUACCUGCAGCUGUGCCCAAGGCUGGCCACGCUUACCCUGCAGGGCAACCUGGUGUGCCUGCAACCCAGCCCCUGCAACAAGGCACCCUAGGGCUACCACUACUGAGCAGAGGUGAGGUAGCUCGUCCCCCAGCUGCGGGUCCUGGAUGAGAUGCCCAUACACACAGACCUGCCAGCCUCCCGGAAGCUGGACCGGGACUGGCUCAUGGUGAAGGAGGCCAUCAAGGAAGGCAGUGUCCUGGACAGCCUGCUCCCCAGGUUGGAUCGUCCCCAUGAAGCACCCAUUUGGGGACUCAGCCCUGAGCUGUCCCUGCCUGAGACCCAACCCCAGGCCCCGAGGCCCUGGCCCCUAUCCCUGCUGGUCCCUGGGGACCCUCUGCCUGAAGGUCUGCUUCCCAAGGACACAGCCCCAGAGGACGACACCAGCAACCUCACCCAUGGUGCCGGCCCGGUCCUCUGCGGGAACCCCACCAAGGGCUUGCGGGAGCGCCGGCACAAGUCCCAGGCCUGGGCACCCCCGGAGCAGCUGCCCCCAAAUAGGCUGGAAGACAAGGUUGCCACCCUGGGGUCUGACCCUGCAGACAGCCAUGACCUCCUGGCCUUGGCUGGGCUUCAGGCCUGGAGGGAGCAGCGCCUGAGUAGGUGUCUGGAGUCCCAGCAGGAAGGGAUGGCAGCCCCCCGGGGCUCACAGAGGGGCCCAGAAGAGCAAGAGGGCAAGGCUGUGCCCAACAUCCCCCAGAUCCCCCUGAGCCUGGUUUCAGAGCCUUCCAGGACCUCGGGCUAUGUGCUGCUCCCUCCUCCCCACAAGCUCCCCAGGCCACCUGAGUCAGACAGUGGCUCCUGGUGGUCCACAGACCUUCAGUUCCGGGGGCGACGGCUCAGAGCCCUGGGCAGCUUGAAGCCUGGCCUGGGUCAGGGGCUGGCUGCAGUGACUGCUCUCAAAGCCCUGGCGGCGGCUGCAGGUCCCAGCCCUCAAGCCCAGGGAUGUCCAGGCCUAAUGCCAGCCCCAGGUCCAGUAGUGAGACCCCCAGGCCUCCAGGGCAGGCCACACCUGAGCCCCAUCACCCCAGCCCAGUUCCACCCCUAGUGUAAGCCCCCACCCACUGUUGAGCUGGCCUGAACUGUGGCCACAGGACCCCAGUGUGGUCAUGGGAGCCCCAUGUGAAUUCUGGCCCCAGAUACAGGAGAACUGGCAGGGUGUGUUUGGGGGCGGGAAGUGGGCCCGACACAGAAAAGGGACUAGAGUAGUGGGGGUUGGCACUUCCCGAGCUCAGGACAGGAUGGCCCAGGUCCCUCCCUUUGGUCCAGGUGCCUGCUCCCUCCUGUGGCCUGACCUUCCCAGCAGUAGACAGAAGGGCCUGCUGUCAAGAGCUGCAGAUGUUCCCAGGCCAAAGUGGCCAGAACUGGCCCGUUCACUCCCCGGCAGGCCCUUGCUGCCCCAGAACACAGCCACCAGGCCUCCCACCCCUGGUGGGCUUGAGGGGUUCCCCUGAGGGGGUGGGGCGGCCAGUCCCCCUUCUUGGGGCAGGAUUUUGGGACCCAAGUGAAUGAUUUUCAGCUCUCACGUGUACAGAAAUGCGGUUUACUUGGUAGGAAACGUUGGUUCAAUAAAACACGCAUCUGGCA